UACUUUAAAACGCCGAUCGUCGACAAGCGUUUGUUUGCUUACAAUUGAUCAUUCAUGACGUGUUCGUACUAAACGCCGGUUUUAUAGUUUUCUAAAUAAUUUUAACAAUAGAAGGUCUUCAAAAUGAUGCAAAUUACAGAUUUUCAGAAGAUUGGCGUAGGGCUGGCAGGGUUUGGCAUUGCCUUUCUGUUUCUUGGCAUAUUGUUCUUCUUUGAUAAAGGUUUACUUGCAAUAGGAAAUAUUUUAUUUAUCGCUGGUCUUGCGUUUGUGAUAGGCCUGGAGAGGACUUUCCGAUUCUUCUUUCAAAGACACAAAGUGAAGGCCACAGGUUUCUUUAUGGGUGGAAUAUUUGUUGUGCUUCUAGGAUGGCCUGUAAUUGGAAUGGUGUUAGAAAUUUAUGGAUUUUUCUUAUUAUUUAGUGGAUUUUUCCCAGUAGCAGUUAAUUUUUUACGAAGGGUUCCAGUUAUUGGCACAAUAUUAAACUUACCUGGAAUCAGAUCAGUGGCAGACAAAGUUGGAGAAUCAAACUCAAUGACGGGCUGAUUGCAGGCCUGAUGAUGAAGAUGGUGAAACAGUAGACUCCACAGUUGAUACCCCAUGACUUGAACACAGAUUGUCGGAGUUGUGAUGUACAAUUAAAGGGUUGAAUGCCCUUUAUUCUUAACUCAGUGAAUCCUCUUUUGUAUAAAAACAGUGUUAGUGCAGACUAGCAUCUUUACCACAAUUAUGUGUUGAUCAUGAAUAAUGAAAUAUUGAACUGCAGUUGAAGUGUUUUUAGCAAAUGCUCUUAUACAUACUCAUGUUGUAAAUUAAUGGGUAAUGUUAUUUUUGUCUGAGCUUUCUUAACUAACAGUUCAAGUAAGAAUUGAGGCUGUGGACAUGGUAAUUGCUCGUUGUCAAUGCAGUUUCUUUACUGGCAGAAUUAAUCAUUUGCAGAAUCAUAUCAUAAACAUUACAUUGGGGCCGACUCAAAAAAUAUGUUUAAGUCAUUACAUUAAUUUUGAUGAGACAGUAAAGCAAUAUUGUUUAGGGACAAUCUAAACUAUAUAUUAUAUGAUAGAAGUAUGUGCUUCAAAGAUGAGUAUAUGCAAUACAUUUAAUGAAACAAACAAACAUAAUAUAUUACCCUAUACUAAAUUUGCUCUAACAGACAGAUAAGUAUUUAUAGCAAAUUUCAUAAUUUAUUUCUAGUCUGUUGCAAUCGACUUUAGUUUUAACCAAGUGACAUGUUUGUAUUAAUUGCCAUGCUAGACAAAAUUCUUAUUUUUUUUCUCAAAAUCACAGUAUUUAUUUAUGUCUGUUUAUCAGUCUCUUGUAUAUGAAUGUAUGUUUGUAUAAAUAAUGCAGAUUUUAAUUGCAUUUAAAUAUAGUGAUCUUAAUGCUACAUGUACACGUACCUCAUUUUUGCUGUAUAUCUUUUAGAUAAAUGUCAUUCUGAUCUUAUAUGCGUCUUAAUCUUAAAAUGUAAUUGACACAUCAUAUUUUAAGUAUGGAUUUCAUAAGAUUCAGUGUAAUUUAUCGAAUUAUUGAUUGGAGACCCAUCGUGUGAAAAUAGGUCGUAUGCCAUAUGCGACCAGCUUAGGUCCAGACCAGCUUCCCUGUCUGCUGUAGAGACGCAAGCUUUCGUGUUGUCAUUAUCAGACAGAGUAGAGGCUGACCAGACUGCACUGAUGUGCAGGCUGUUUUUAAGCUAUAUCAGAAGAUUACAGCAUUACACCCAUUUUUGAAUGACACUGUUCACUUGUGUCUGAUCUUGGUUUAAGUCAGCAUUUGGUUUGAAACAUCUGUAAGAUUUUGCACAAUUUCCUUUUUUCAAUAAAGCGAUUACCGUUAAAUGGUUUCGGAUCAUUUAGUUGCAUAUGCCAUAAUGAUAUUGUAUUUGAAAGUGCAUUUUGGUAAAAAUGACAGUUUGUGAAUUUUAUUUAAAUUUUGGUAUAUGUUAUUUUCACUGUUGUAGUGUUAUUGCUAUUUAUUUGUAUAUUUCCAUCUUUAAUGUUUACAUCUAAUUUGUGUUAACAAGUGUUUUUUAAAGUCUUGUAUAAAGAAACAGAUAUUAAAAAAGGUCAUGAACAAAUUGGAUAUCUUUGAUUUUCAAGACUGCUCAGUAAUUUUGGCGCCAUUUUCUGUCAUAAUCUUGUUAAUUUUAGAAAUGUGUCACAUCAUUUCAGAAAACAAAGAUUGAAAACAUAUUUCAAUACAUUUUUUCAUUGUUUUUGUGAACAUUAUGCCCAAUAUUUUAAAGUAGCAAUUGUAAUUGCAUCAAUUUUUUUAUUAUACUUUUAUUAUACAUUAGUUGUGUUAAACAUUGUUCGUGCUUUUGUACUGUCAUUCAUUAUUUGUCUGGUUAUUAUGUCUGUCUGUCUAUUAUUAUGUCAUCAUCUUGAGACAAUUAUGAUCUUAAUCAUUUCAGAAUAUGGCAUAACUAAGUUGUAAGUAUUUAAAAACAAAUGCUUUGCAAAACAUACCUAUUUGGAAUCUGUAUAGCCAGUAUGUUGGUGACUGGGUUCAUCUGUAUGGUGAUUGUUUCCCUUGGUAGAUGUUAGUAAGGUGAAUAGAACACGCGCCAAAUAAACAGUAUUACACUCUUUAUUAUCACCCGCCAUAGGCGGAGGGAUAUUGUUUUGGCGUUGUCCGUCAGUCCGGCACUUUUGUGUCUGGAGCCAUAUCUUGGAAGUGCUUUGGCAGAUUUCAUUGAAACUUGGUACGAGUAUAUAUAUAUAUGUGGAUAAGAGCAUGAUGCACGCACAAUGGCAUUUUACACCAUCUGUUAAUAACGGCAUUAUGGCCUUUUGUAUCUUGAAAAAAUGCUCACUUUUGUGUCCGGAGCCAUAUCUUGGAAGUGCUUUGGCGGAUUUCAUUGAAACUUGGUAUGAGUAUAUAUAUAUGGAUAAGAGGAUGAUGCACGCCAAAUGGCAUUGUCCACCAUCUGUUAAUAACGAAGUUAUGGCCUUUUGUAUCUUACAAAAUGCUUUUUAAUAUAAGCUUAGAGCUUUAUCUCAAUUAACACAUGAGCCAGAGCCAUGAAACUUGCCAUAGUUGUUCUCAAUCAUCUGGGGGUGCUUCACAUUCAACACUUCUAAUCCUAGGGGUCAAGGUCACACAAUGAGGUCAAAGGUCACAAAUUUGAUGAAUUUUUCAUUAUUUAGUCAUUUCUUUACUAUGCAUCAAGGGAUUUUGUAAUCACUGUCCACAAUUGUUCCACAUUAUCAAGCUGAGUGUCAAAUAUAAGAUCCAGGUUGCUAGGGUCAUGGUCAAAGUCACACACAAAGGUCAAAAUCACAAAUUUUGAUUAAAUAUGCCUUAUUUGGUAAGGAUUCUACCAUACUAAAAUGGUUUCUCAAAAUGUCCUGAUGUAAGUUCUCGAUUAUCAGGCACAACCCUUUACUUAUACCUUAUCUUUUAGUUCUACACCCAUCCAUAAACAAAAUUUAUUUGGCGGGGGCAUAUCAAUUGAACGAAUUUGCUUGUUAUAAUUAUCUUACUCUUUUCAAAUUAGAUCAUACAUUAACAAAAGUUUGUAUCGACUGUCGCAUAUCCUGACUUAAAAACGUUUCAGUUUUGUCACAUAAGUUAGACCGCGGCAUAAAGAUAAAAGAAGCAUAUUUUCAUAUUUCGAACGGUUUGUGAUAAUAUCAAAGUGCUGUGAAAAAAGUUCCCGAAAUGUGCUAUUUGAUAACAAUUUUACCGCAACACUCUUGAAACAUGUACAUUAUUGAAACGUUGCACCCUUGGUAUUUGGUGUUUUCGGGAAAAUGUCGCCGGAGAGAAAAAUGUAACCAUAAACAGUUUUACACUAAUGCCUUUUCCAAACAUCUUUAUAUAACAUACAUAGAAUAUUGUAAUUAUUAUCGACUGAAACUGCCUAUUCUGGUAAUGGUAUCGUUAGCUUUCCUGAGCACUUUGUGCUCAAGAUGUGUUAUUGUGUCCGAAAUCUGUCUGCUUGCGAUGUGUGGUUUGCGUCGUCACUUUUUGGCUCGUUACCACUAUAGAGGCCACCAUUUUGCAAGCAAUUUUCAUUGAAAAAAGGUCAGACUUUUUAUUUGGACAAUAUCAAGGUCGAGUUUGAAGCUGGGUCAUAUGCCAUUGGUUACCACUCUAGAUUCAAAAAUUAUGACUCCAUCCAAUGUGCUGUACAACGUUGCGACAGUGAUCACCGUCGUGCAUUUGUUUAUAUGUUGACCGCAGACUCCUCUUCAAUCGCUUUUGACAUUUACCCUCCCCCUCUUAUGAUUCAAUCGACUUUGGAAUUCUCCCCCCUCCCUCCCUCAAUCACUGGGAUAAAAGUCGUCCGUUUACAUUCGUCGCAGUAUGCAGCCACAGCACAUUGACUUAUUUCACUCGCAAGCGUGGUAUCCGAACUAGGGACCUUCCUAGACCACGGUCCCACGUUGACGUCCGUUGUCAGCAUUUAUAUUUGUAACACUUUAGGGGCCACAUUCAUUUUCAAUCUUUAUAAAACCUGUUUAAAACAUUUGUCCUCAUAAAUCUCGGCGAGGUCAACACAAGUAGGACACUUGUUCAAUGAAAACGUCUCAACACUUUAGAAGCCCAAUUUUGAAACAUGAUCAGAACAUUUGUUUUAAUGAUAUCUCAGCUGAGUUAGAACAUUAUUCCGGUCCGUUUAACAAUAUGGCCAAACGAAUGCGUGGAAGUUUUACUUGCGUUGCUAUAGUAGGGGCUUAUUAACACUAGAAGUCACAUUAAGGCCUAUUCCCAUGACAUGUUUUUAUAAUAUUUGUUCGUAUGAUAUUACGUUAUAAGUCAAAUACUAAUGAAACAUGGUUCGAAUAAUAAUGCUUUUGUUGUUUUAAUAUCUCGGCAAGUUCAGCGCAAUAAAAAUGUGCCUAGAAAUGUACAAUGUAUGUUUUAUGACGUACUUUUAUUACUCUGAACUCCACCCUCAGAAAAGUUGAGUUCUCCGGUUCUGGUGUUAGAAACGUGUCGCGCGUAAUAUUCGUCUUUCAACCUCAUUUACAAAAGGUUAUGAGUAGAGGUCAAAAGCUAAAUUUGACCAUAACAUAGCUUGAAAAUACUUCCGUCCGCCAUAACUUUGCCAUAUUUUGAUAUAUUUUGAAAUAACUCGGUAGGAAUGCAAUAAAUCAUGAGGCAUCAAGAAGCGUGUAAAAUAUGUUUCCCUGACUUAACGGUCAAGGUCACUUGAAAUAGUUCCAUUAUCACGUUUGACCAUAAAAAAGCUUGCUCGGAAUUUCACUUUGUCAUAGGGAACGCUAUUUUAGGAUAACGACCACAAUAUACAGCCAUAAGGACACGGCAUUUCGCCUGCAACAACCGUCUUUAUACCGCCAAUGUCACAAAGCUGAAAGUAAAAGGUCAUUAAUUACUGUCACAGUCAUUACUUUGCAAUAUAAUUGAUGAAUUUAAGACAAAUUGGCACUAGCGAGUUUCUGCAUUCAUCUUACUUCCCUAAAAGUCCACGCCACUUCACAAAUCAAAUUUUGAUAUUCACCAGCUUUGUUCGAACUGUAACUUCAUCAUGCUAUUUUCAGAUAAUUAAGCACUAAAGACAACCAUAUGGACACACAGCGAAAUGUGUGUUAACCCUGUCUAGCUACCACAGAAGUCUUGGUCACACCGAGAAAUUAAAUUUUCUAUGAAUCA